AUGCGUGAUGAUGAUUGUUCAAUUGAAGUUGCUGAUCAGCGGCUUGGUGAUGAGACAGCUCUGAAACUGUCUUGUGAUGUGACUGUGAAACUUGACUUAAGGCCGGAGGAGGGUAUCGCCUACCAAGUAGCGAUGUUGUCUCCGAUUCCAUUGCAUUCGCAUAAUCACCACUAUGUAACGGCGAGGAAGCUGUUGAAUGAGAUUCCUAAAAAAAACUCCGACUAG